AUGGGAGAACCAAAAAUAUUAGUGGAAGUUGAGCUAGACAAACCUUUUCCAAAACUCAUUGCUCUUGAUGACAAGCAAGGUAAUAUCUAUUUGGUAGAUGUUGAGUAUUCUUGGAUCCCAAGUGCUUGUGAGAGAUGUGGAGCUCUUGGUCAUAAGGCAAAGAGAUGUCUUCUCCCUGCUGCGUCUAUAAAUUCUGAUCCGGCGACAAAGGAAACUGAUAAACCGGAUGAUCAAGUCCCAUUGGUGGACAUCAAUCACUUGUUGCAAAGCGGCAGGUCCGUGUCCAACACUCUUUUUCUUUCUGUUCAUCAAUCAUCUAUGAACAUUGAAGAAUCUUCCAUCACUGAACCCUCUGAAACUGAAACUACCAAUACGGUCUCUCCUUCGCAUGAGGUACUUUCCCCCUCUUGCUCAAAAUUUGAAAACACUUUGCCUAUUUUAGCAGUUGGAAACACUGCUCCUUCUCACUCACAUGUUAUGGAAGAAAUUCCAUCGAAAUCAACUAUUUUGGAGAGCUCUCAAGUCUCUGAUCAUGAGCAGCUCAGUGGUCCUUAUUCUCCUCAUACACUUAACCGUCAACAAUUUCGUAUGGAACCGGAAAUUCCGUUGUCAUAUGAAAAAGAAACAGGUUUUGAAAAAGUUGGAGAUGCUUCUAGUUAUAGUCUAACUAGAGGAGGCAGAUCAAUUAAACCAACCCAAAAAAUUCAAGAAAUGGAAUGGACUAAAGGUAGAGGAAGAGGCAAAAAAGGUCAUCGUAACCGAGGAACCUCCUUCAAUAGUUAG